GUCUGUUUCUGAAAAUGAUCAAUAGAAAUUUAUUAGCAAAGAUACUAAAUGACAAAACAGUGUUUCUGCUGUCUUCAGGUAAAUGAUCUGGAGUGUGUUUGCAUAUUGAUCAGAUGCUUCAGUGCUCUGAGAGUGUUUAUAGUGCUGUGAGUUUAACACUUCAUCACUGACACACACAACAAUCUUCAUCAACAUGACCUUCAUCAUCAUCUGGACGCUCUUAUACUGCUUUAUACUACAAGGUGAACAGUAUUUAUCCAGAAUAAACCAUUUAAAUUAUAUAAUUUUAACAUAUCUUAAAAAUACGUCAAAUAAUAUAUACUUUAUGGACUAAUAAAUUAUGUUUCAUUAACGUAGUUCAGGAGGAACAAGUCAAAUAACCUACCCAAUCAUUACGUCAUCUUAAUGAUUACGUCAUCUCAACCAGCUGUCAACAAUCUGUAAUCAACGUAUCUACCCAAUCAGCAUGAGUUCAGGCCUGUAUAUAAUCACAGUCAAAACUCACCCAAAGAUCCUCGACAGUUUCCAGAAUAGGUUCGCCUAAAAUGUCGGAAAUCGAACUCUUCCCGUCCGAUGAUGAGUCUCUAUAUUCACAGACUCUUUCGCCGAACCGCGCCAUCCCAAGGAGCAGCCAUGCGCCGCCAGGUGCCGUCGCUGAGUCUCCGACUCCAUUGCGCGGCCGUCAGCCUAUCCGCUCCACUAUCCGUAGUCCAAGGCGGCUAGACCAGCCCUCUCCUCCACCGGUGAGACACACACCUUCUUCCUCAUCGUCAUCAUCAUCAUCAUCAUCAUCCUCCUACUCUAUGGCUCAACCAACCAUUCCUGCAAUCGAGAAAUGGACAGUGCUGGGAUUAAGGCAAGCUCUGAUCAGCGCGGAUGUCCAUUUCUCGAGACGGAUGAAUAAACCCGAGUUAUAUAAAUUAUAUUCAAGCCUGCAGUCAACUUGCGCUCCCUUUAAACCCCUUUCUCCCUCUAAGAAAACGACUUCAAGCAGCAAAGGUAAAAAACCACGUACCUCUCAAACUCAGUCUUCCUCUACAGCAAGACCAGUUCAACGCCGAUCGUCUGGUAAGGGCAGCGGGCCUUCAGCGAGCCUGGGCCGAGCCCCAGAUUCCGCCGCUGCUACGCCGCACCCUCCUCCUUCUACUCAGCCUCUUUCCGCGGGUUUCUCCAGCACCGCCCCCCGUACGGAAUUACCCGCCUCUACCAGUGGUUGUCUUCCCCCUAGCGUGAGGCUGCCUCCGCUAGCGGGGCAGGCUCAACCUGUACUGCUCACUGUCUCGAAUUCUCCUCAACGUUCGUGGCCUGCGGCUCCUGACGUGAGGUUGCCUCCGCAAGAAUCGCAAGCCCGAACAACUUUUCCUUCUCCUUCCCCUCUCGCUAACACUUUUCCCCAGCUGUGGCCUACAGCAGCCCCUAGCGUGAGGAUGCCUCCGUUAGCGGCACAGGCCCAGCCGCUUUAUUCUUUACCUCAACCUUCUCUCUCCUUCCCCGUCGCUUCCCAAGGUCCAGCUACACCGAUGCCCAUUCCUCCAAACGCCAUCGCUUUGGAACCGCCCCCUGUCGCCGGCAAUAUCAGAGCGCAGAUUCUAUCAGUCCCCAACCAAGAGAAAUCAACGAGUUACGUUCCACGGCCAGCUACAAACUCCGACUCAUUCGGAAGAGGCGCAGCUUUUUCCUCCAGACGUCAGCACCCCGAUCCCGAAUUUACCAAAUAUUUGCUGUCUGGUCUCGAACAUGGUUUUGAACCAGGUCUAGAAAGCAUUCCCUCACAAAAUAUGAUUUGUGAUAAUCUUCAAUCUGCUCUUACAGAACCCGACACAGUGGACGAAUUGAUCAAUAAGGAAGUUAAUUCUGGCUUCAUGAUCGGACCUUUUGAUAUUCCUCCUUUCGAACACUUUCGCAUCAGCCCUAUUGGAGUGGCUACAAGGAAAUUCUCCGGUAAAAAACGUUUAAUAAUCGACCUCUCAGCCCCGCACAAUUCUCCGUCUCCAAGCAUAAACAGCCUCAUUCCACUCGAAGAAUUUUCUCUUCAGUACCAUGAUAUUGACCAAGCAAUACUGUUAAUCAAAAACGCCGGUCGUGGUUCUUGGCUCGCCAAAGUCGACAUUACUUCAGCAUUUAAAGUGAUGCCCAUCCACCCAGACUCCUGGCAUUUAUUUGGCGUCCGUUGGCAUGAAAAAUAUUACUUCGCCGUCCGCCUAACCUUCGGCUGCAAAAGCAGCCCCAAGAUUUUUGACAUGCUGUCAGAAGCAAUUUGCUGGAUUCUUUCCAACAACUACGCAAUUCCUUACCUUAUUCACCUGCUCGACGACUUCUUAAUAAUUUCGCCUCCUGAUGCCAUCCCAGCAGCGCAUCUCACUACAGUCCAAAAGGUUUUUUCCGAGCUGGGAGUUCCGAUCGCCCAGGACAAAACCAGUGGCCCAGCCACGUCCAUCGAAUUCCUGGGCAUCAGUCUGGACACCGUCAAAUUCCAGGCCUCUCUACCGAAAGAGAAAAUCGACAGAAUAAUUCUGGUCUCUUCCACGUUGCUAGACAGCCCAAGUUGCUCAAAGCGCGAACUUCUGUCUCUGCUCGGCCACCUAAACUUCGCUAUGCGUAUAAUCCCGCAAGGCCGCCCUUUCAUCUCGCAUCUUCUCUCUCUCGCAUCCUCCGUCGCUGCGUUAGAAGACCAAAUCUCCCUAACUAAUCCAUGCCGUGACGAACUAAAAUUAUGGAUAACCUUCCUUAAACAGUGGAACGGAUUAUCUUUUUUCUAUAAUACGUUGGUGUCCCUUCCAAUCGAUAUUCAGCUCUACACCGACGCAGCUCCCUCCAUUGGCUUUGGGGGAUUUUAUCAAGGCCGUUGGUUCGCAUCUACUUGGCCACCUCAGCUCUUAGAUGCGACGCAUUUCCCAGCCUCUUCAGCGUUGUUUGAACUUUAUCCUCUCGUCGUCGCAGCUUUUCUAUGGGGGAAAGAAUGGUCCACAAACAACAUAAUCGUCUACUGCGACAAUGAAGCAACGGUGCAUUGCAUUAAUAAAACCCGCUCGCAUGCACCAGCUAUGAUGCCACUCCUAAGACGCCUUAUUUGGAUAGCAGCUUGCGAUCAAUUUAUCAUAACAGCUAAGCACGUACCCGGGUCAAAAAAUGAAAUUGCUGACUCUCUCUCACGCUUUGCUUUCCAGAAAUUCAGACAGCUGGCUCCAGAAGCGGACCCCAACCCGACGCCAGUACCUCACUAUUCAGAAUUAAUCUUCCCAUAAACCACUCUAUGAGACCACUGCUUGACGCUUCUCUCAAUUCGAUCUUUGAAGCUUUUUCCCCACGAACCCUCCAAUCAUAUUUAACAGCUUGGAGAUGUUUUAAAACUUUUCAUCUAAUUUUUAACUUGCCGUUCCCAGAUUUCUCUCUGCUCACCAUUACGUCUUUCAUCUCUUACCUCAACACAGCCAAGAGCCUCCAG